AUGGAAGCCGUUGGUUCGCUUUUUCACAGCCUUGCUGCUGUCGCAAGCGCUUCUGGUACAAUUUUUACGAUUGCAACUUUAUUGGUUCAGCCGGCUCUGGGCUUGUUCAACAAUGUAUCAGUUAUCGCCCCCUGUGAUUCAGUCCUGUACUGUUAUGGGGACAUUCUUACGCAGAUUGAGCUCGCGGCACCCUUUUCGGACUCCAAGACCUUUGUGGAUAUGCCGACCAUCCGACCCUUGGACGAAGUUGUAGCAGCAUAUGAAAAUUUGACCAAGCCGUUGACCAACAAUACUGAGCUUAUCGACUUCCUCAGCACAUACUUUGCUGCGGCUGGUGGCGAGCUCCAGAGCGUGCCGGGAGACCAACUCACCACCAAUGCGACGUUCCUCAAGAAGCUUAACGAUACAGUUAUCCGCGAGUUUGUGGAGAAAGUCAUUGACAUCUGGCCGGACCUGACACGGCAAUACACCGGCGGGGUGGCCGGAUCCAACUGCACUGGCUGCCAGUCCAGCUUCGUGCCCGUCAACCGUACGUUCGUCGUUGCUGGUGGCCGAUUCCGUGAGCCUUACUAUUGGGACUCUUACUGGAUCGUCGAGGGCCUGUUGCGCACCGGUGGCUCCUUUGUCGACAUUUCGCUCCACACGAUUGAGAACUUUCUCGAUUUUGUGGACAAGUUCGGCUUCGUCCCUAACGGUGCCCGCGUAUACUACCUUAACCGUUCACAGCCACCUCUGCUUUCCCAGAUGGUGCGCAUAUACAUUGAGCACACCAAUGACACGUCCAUCCUAAAGCGAGCUCUGCCACUGUUGAUGAAGGAGCACGACUUCUGGUCUAUCAACCGCUCUGUGUCUAUCAUCGCCCCCGACAACCAGACAUAUACUCUGAACCGUUACUCUGUCCUGAAUAAUCAGCCACGGCCCGAAUCGUAUCUAGAGGACUACGUCACGGCCAACAAUAAAUCAUACUAUUCUGGGUCUGGCUCGGUUUACAACGAGACAAGGCCACUCAACGGCUCCGAGCGAGCCGCUCUAUAUUCCCAGCUCGCAAGUGGUGCAGAGUCAGGUUGGGACUAUGGUACUCGUUGGCUGGCGCGACCUGAAGAUGCUGCCAGAGACGACUACUUCCCUCUGCGGUCACUCAACGUCAACAAUAUAGUACCUGUCGACCUCAACUCGAUAUUGUACUGGAACGAAGUGACAAUCGCCAACUUCUUAAACGCCACUGGAAAUCAUACAGCAGCUUCUUCGUGGGCCAAGGCUGCUAAGAAGCGCAGUGAUGCGAUGUAUGCCUUGAUGUGGAACUCUACUCUCUGGAGCUAUUUUGACUACAACAUCAGCUCUCACGCCCAAAAUAUCUACGUGCCGGCUGAUGGAGACACCACCGCAGCAGAUAAUUCAACAGCACCGAAUGGGACCCAGGUGCUUUUUGACGUCGCCCAAUUUUAUCCAUUCUGGACAGGUGCUGCCCCAUCACAUCUCAAGGAUGACCCGUUGGCUGUGAAGCUGGCAUACGCCCGUGUCAGCACCCAGCUAGACACUAAAGCGGGCGGUAUUUCAGCGACAAACCUGGAAACGGGCCAGCAAUGGGACCAGCCAAACGUGUGGCCACCGCUGCAAUAUGUUCUGAUGCAAGGCUUGCUAAAUACCCCUGCCAAGUUUGGCACCGACGAUUCGGACUACCAGAGCCUCCAGGAUCUCGCGCUGCGAAUUGGCCAGCGGUAUCUGGACUCGACAUUCUGCACCUGGUAUGCCACCGGUGGCUCGACAUCCCUAACACCACAGCUUCCCGGACUAACGUCAGCGGACAAUGGCACUAUAUUCGAAAAAUACGCUGACAACUCGACCAACGGUGCCGGUGGUGGUGGCGAGUACACUGUGGUGGAGGGAUUUGGCUGGUCAAAUGGCGUUAUACUUUGGACGACCGACACUUUCGGAAGCAAGCUCAUGCGACCCAACUGUGGUAACAUCACGGCAGCCAGUGUCACUCCAGGCAAGCGUAAAAGAAGUGCAGACAGCGGUGGCCCAGCUCAUCGUUCCCGGCCACCCAGCGCGGUUCAGUUAGAUGCAUUUGACGCCACUUGGACAAAGAUGUUCGGCAGGUACGACAGGGAUAGAAAGUAG